AUGAGUGUUUUUAAUACUCUUAAAUAUUUAAUUGUUUUUGUUCAUGUCAGCUGCAAGCCGGUUAGAUUAGCUUUCAAAGUAUUUGAAGCUAGCCAGGAUGUCGAUAGGAAUAAUCCCAUAAUAUUUUUGCAUGGUUUAGCAGGCUGUAAAGAACACUGGAAUGAUAUUCCACAAAAAGUAGCUGAAGCCACUAAUAGAAGGGUAUAUGCAGUAGAUGCCAGAAACCAUGGCGACAGUGACUGGAGCGAGGAAUUCAAUUUUGAUUUAAAUGCAGUGGAUCUCGUACAUUUUAUAGAACAAAUAGCAGCUGAGAAAGUCACAAUUGUUGGGCAUAGUAUGGGAGGGAUAACAACCAUGAAGACAGCUUUAAAAAUACCGGCGAAAGUUGAUAAAAUAAUUAUCGAAGAUGUUGGUAUUUUAGUACAUAAAGAUACUUUUAACUUCAUAAGGUUGGCAUUUUCAUUACACGAACAAGCUAUCUUGAACAUGCCUAAAGUUUCUACAAAACAAGAGGCCGUGAAGUUCUUCAGUGAGUUUGUGUAUGAACGAGUUCCAGAUGAAACACCGGCGAAAGUUGAUAAAAUAAUUAUCGAAGAUGUUGGUGUUUUAGUACAUAAAGAUACUUUUAAUUUCAUAAGGUUGGCAUUUUCAUUACACGAACAAGCUAUCUUGAACAUGCCUAAAGUUUCUACAAAACAAGAGGCCGUGAAGUUCUUCAGUGAGUUUGUGUAUGAACGAGUUCCAGAUGAAACAAAACCACACGUUAAAACAUCAGAUGAGAAUAUCUCCAAAUACCUGAAGCAAAAUUCCGAUGGUAGUAUUAGCUAUUCGUCAAAUAUUAAAGCAAUCAGGAAAGCUUUAGAAAAUGAAGAUACUCUAGUGUCAAGUUAUGAAGGUGUGUUUGAUGGUCCUUCUUACUUUAUCUAUGGAACAAAAUCAAUGAAUAACGUGUAA